CUUUACGUGUUGGGUGUUUUAUUUGUUUUGCUUGUUCUUUAUUAUUGUAAUUGAAAAUUAGAAUGUCUAUUUACAAUGUUUAAUUCGUAUUUAAAGUUGAAAACGUGAUUGUGCCUCUUAAAAUGGCAAUGAAAACUGAGCCAGUUUUAAAUUCAAGUAAUUCAGGUAUAAAAGUUGAAGGUGAUAUAGGAGACGUCCAAAUUAUCGAGGAAGUGAGCGACGAUGAUUCGGAUUAUGACAAACAGACAGCAUUAAGUGCGAGUAACGCUUCACCCAAUUCUUUGGGAUUACUUCCCUCAACUUCACCUGUGAUCGGAACUGUCUCAGUUUCUAAUUCCGAAAAUGUUCAUUUUGGUAACAACACUUUUUUUAAUGGACCCGUUACAAUUAUACAAAGUAAACAUGGUGUUGAAAACGCUUCUUACACAAAUACAGAAGAUAAGAAUGGGGAAAAAGAUGAAUGUCAAAAUAAGCCCCAACGUGCUCCAACAAUAAAAAAGCAUGACAUAUUAACUCGGCAGAAAUUAAUAAUAUUUGUAAUUUGCAUUAUCAUAGUCGGAGGAAUUGUUACAAUUGUAUUAAUAACAAUAAGUAAAAACAAUGAGCAAAGUAGAGGCACUACAUCCACUUACUUUGAUGAUGCAUACUCAGCUAAGACGGUGGAGGUGCUAAGCUAUGACGCACUAUAUCCGAUUUCCUAUAUAAUAAUCACCUCAUUUACAUUUGUAUUGUUACUUAUGUUAUACACCAGUAAAUCACUAACAAUCAUUACGGAUAACUCGGACAACACGAAAUGUAAAAGUAAAAAGAGCAACUGUGCAUUGGUUAAAACAAAAAGAACUGAUAUGUGCAUGAAUUGUUAUUUUCGAGUGGACCCAUUGUUGAUAGCUCCGGACCAUUUGAGGAUAGUCUCACGGACGGAUUGGUUGGCACAGCCUGUUGAAGGUCCACUGGAUAAGAUAGUACAGCCAGUACCGUGGGUCAUAAUAACACAUACUGCAACCGAAAGCUGUCAUAUACAGAGCCAAUGCGUGCUUGCAGUUCGAUUGAUACAAUCGUUUCACAUAGAGUCAAGAAAAUGGUUUGAUAUCGGAUAUAAUUUCUUAGUUGGUGGGGACGGAUCCGUGUACUUUGGUCGUGGCUGGAAUUACAUAGGCGCUCAUACAAAAGGAUAUAACAAAUACAGUAUAGCUAUAGCAUUUAUAGGUACUUUUAACAACGACCCACCACCAAAGCAACAAAUAGAUGCUUGUAAAAAAUUAAUUAAACAUGGUGUGGAACUUGGUGUUGUUACAAAAGAUUACAAAUUGUUUGCUCAUAGACAACUAAUGUCAACUCUUAGCCCGGGUGAUAAAUUAUUUGAUAUAAUAAAAGAGUGGCCACAUUUUGUAAGUAAUUUGACGGAUGUUGAUAAUCUUAUUCCGAAAGGAUACUAGUUGUUUUACAUUUCUCUUGAGUGCAACUUAAUGUCUGUUAUAGGAUAAGUUUCCCUUAUAAUCUAUUUAUAGAAUUAUCUAUUACUAUCUUUGACAU